AUGAUGGCUAGCACAAAUGCGAUCAAAUUCAAUUCCAUUGCACUCAUAAUAUGCAUAGCAUUGUGUGCACCAUUUCUAUCUAUGGCUGUAUUAACUUGUUGUGACUUGAAACCUGCUUUUGCUGCAUGCGAUUCCUAUGCAAGACAUGGUGGACAAUGUGUCUCACAAGAUUGUUGUUUUGAAGCUAUGAACCUUCUGAAUAAUCUCAUCGAUACUCAUCAAGAUUACAUUGCUGCUUGUCAUUGCAUUCAAGACGCUGCUGUCAAAAUCCCUAACAUCAAUUAUACUGCGUUUUCAAUGAUCCCUACGGGUUGUGGAAUUCAACUGCCCUUCAAUUUUCGGGUUGAUAUGAAUUGCGAUAGCUUGCAUUGA